GCUCCCAACGCGGAUAUGCAAAACAAACAGUUUGAGCCGAAUGGGUGCACGUAAACAAACAAACCAUCGCUCCUCGUGUUUUCAUCCCUGAGAUCAUAAACAGACCUCACCUGGGCCCACCACUCUCAGCAGAAGCACAGGUAUUUAGCAUAUCGAAUAUGGCUGAUCAAGAGGUAGACUACUCUACUCUCCCCAUCACCGAGCGUGUGGUCCACAAAAUCUGGAAAGUACGUCUUGCCGCGUAUGAAGAGAUCACGAAGCAGUUCACCACCUCCGGGAGCGAGAACGACCCGUGUUUCCGCCCGUUUCUCAGCGACCCGACGCUCUACAAGAAGAUCGUGACAGACUCCAACGUCGCGGCGCAAGAAGCAGGUAUCGGCUCUCUCGUCGCGUUCCUGCAAUACGGAGGCACAAAUGCGUGUCAACGACUACGAGGAACUGUUGUUGCGCCGCUAGCGGAGAAGGGCCUUGUUUCUAUGCGUGGAGGAACGAAGCAGAAGACUGUCGAUGCUCUGCUCUACUUUAUCGAAUUGGACACACCCGAUCCAGUGGUUGAGGAGAUUCUCCCAAUUCUUAGCAAUAAGCUGCCCAAGCUAGUUGCGGGUACCACAAUGGCGCUGCGUGAGAUUAUCAAAGCCUUUGGCACUAAAACUGUUCCACCGAAGAGUAUCCUCAAGGCCUUACCAAAGCUAUUCGCCCAUUCGGAUAAAAACGUUCGCGCAGAAGCGACUACUCUAGCGAUCGAGCUUUACAAGUGGAUGGGGGAUCCGCUUAAGACUAUUUUGCUUACCGAUCUUAAGCCUGUGCAGCAAAAAGAGCUGGAGGAGGCAUUCGAGGCCGUCAAGGGUACCACACCCCAGCAAGAACGUUUCCUCCUGUCUCAGCAAAGAGCCGCUGCUUCGGCCGCUGCAUCGAGCGGCCCGGAUGCUGGUGACUCUGCGGCCCCCGAAGCAGAAGAAAUUGAUCCUAUGGAUUUGAUUGAGGCGGUAGAUGUUUCAGGAAAGAUCCCAGGCGACUUUUUCGAACGUAUGGCUUCUGCAAAAUGGAAAGAUCGCAAGGAGGCAGUCGAUGAUCUUUUGAAGGUCGUCUCAGUUGCCAAAAUUGCCGAUGCUGACUUUGGCGAAGUCAUGCGAGUGCUCGGCAAAUGUGUCGCGAAGGAUGCAAACGUUGCUGUGGUAACAACGGCAGCGAACAGUAUCGAGGCUCUUGCAAAGGGUCUGCGAACAAGCUGUGGCCGCUACAGAGCAUCUGUCUCAUCGUCACUUUUCGAGAGACUGAAGGAGAAGAAGCAGUCAGUGUCUGAAGCUCUCAGUGCUGCGCUCGAUGCUCUAUUUGAGGCGACAUCUUUGAGCGACUUUAUGGAAGAGAUCCUUUCAUUUACAAAGCACAAGAAUCCUCAGGUAAAGCAGGAGACUGCUAUGUUUUUAGUUCGCUGUUUGAGAACAGUGAAGAUAAUUCCCAAGACCGCAGAAAUCAAACAGCUCUGUGAUGCAUGCACGGUUCUUUUGGCCGACACGGCUAAACCGGUCCGCUCAGCAGGAGCUGAAGCAAUGGGUACAAUCAUGAAGAUGAUUGGCGAGCGUGCAAUGACUCCGUACAUCAGCGAGCUGGAUGAUAUUCGGAAAACCAUGAUUACGGAAUUCUACGAGACCGCUACUGUCGUUGCCAAGCCUGAGAAAGUGGCUGCUCCACCACCUCCUGCUCCAGCGGCGAAGACCUCUUCUGCGUCAAGUAGAUCCGCGACUGCAAGACCGCGGCCCUCUGUGGCUGGGGUUAAGCGUCCUACGGCUACUCCUCCCAGCUCGGGAAGCCACUCGACAUCUUCGGCUCCUGCGGCUUCUUCGUCUUCGUCGUCGGGAUCGCGUCUUGCUGCUCCUGGAUCACGCACGUCGAGGAUCGGUAUGUCCAACGGACUUCGGAAAAAGACCGAAGACAGCAGCGCGACAGCUUCUCCCCGAACUGUGAGUCGUGCACCGGCUGCUACAUCUGGCACGCCGCCAAGAGGUUCGCGUGGUUUGACUGGCGUUUCGCUGUCGUCAUCAAACUCAACUAGCAGUCACGGAGGCCUUUCUGCCGCUGACAAGUUAGAAUUGAUUGAGCUUCGGCGCGCUAAAGAAGAAUGGACGUCUACGAAUGCUGCUCUGAAGCAGCAAGUCGAGAUUCUACAAGCCGACAAUGCGAAGCUGGACAGAGAAUUGAAAGAGGCGCAGGCCAGCAACUCACAGUUGAUUGAGGAGCAUACCCGAGAUUUGCUGAGCGUGCAGUCGAAGGAGACGCAGAUUACUCGUCUGCGUAGAGAGGCUGAUAGUGCUGUUGCGCAGGUGACGAAGUUGCAGCGAGAGCUGGAUCGCGCGAGGGCGGAGGCACAGCUUGUCGGACGGCCUUCUAGCUCGCACUCGAAUGGUGCAGCUGAUCAUCAUGAUAUGAAGGAGAGCUCGAUGUCACCGUACCAAGCGCGGCAGUCAACGACCGCGUUCUCUGAAGAAGAGAAAGAAAAUGAUUUCCAGAGAAUCCAAACCCCGGCUGCCAAGCGAGAGUCGAUGUACUCUGGCGGAAGCCACAUUCCCAAACAGACAUCGUUCAGCCCGGUGAUGAGUUCGAACUCGGAUGGCGCAGAUAGCGGAUCAUCGAACGCAGGAACUGUCGAGAGUUGGAAACGGGCGGCGGAAGUGACGAGUCAGCUGAAGGCGAGGAUCGAGGCGAUGAAAGCUAAGCAGCUUCGGCGGUAGGGCAGGUGUACGAUUGGUAGAUGGUUGCGAGUGUUGUGUUUACUGUAGAUGUUUUAUGUUUUGCAGUUUCUUAUUUUAUAAUUUCAAUAUCCAUUAUCCCAAAAGAACAAACUAUUUUAAU